GUUUCUUGCAACCUACAACAGCCUUACAGACAAACACCUGGCUGGAUAUUUCAGCAAUGCCAGGAUAAGAAGACACCUUCAGAGAUCAGGACUGAUCUCAAGGAGUGGAAGAAUAAUACCUGAGAAGGAGUACAGGCUCAAUGCCAUGAGAAGGGACCACCAGAGAUACGUCCAGGAGUGCCUUGCUCGCGCCAUAUUUCACAAGGUCCUUGACAUGGAGCGACACCAUCAGCUGGAAGUAAAAAGGAAACUUGAAAAUUCUGUGAGGAAGGAGAAGGUGCAGAAAAUCAAGGCAGAACAUUUCAGAAGACCAGUGGAAGGUUCCAUCCCUAUGCACUCCCCACAUCCACCACUCGGUCCAAGGAACCAUAAUGGGCUCUAUCCUUUAGUGGCUGGAGAACCAGCUGGUCGCUCACAACGGGUGAGUCUCACCAGCCGGCGCCCAAAUACAGCUCCAGGGAAUAUGCAGCCGCCACUUCGCCUCCAGCCCCUCCGCAGCUGGGCAGUAGCAGGACCUGUACCCAAGGCUCCCAAACACAAGUAUCAUGCACUGGAACAUGGCCAGCAGUUUUCCCCUGGGGGGGAGAGGAGUGGGUUGAGGCCUAUGAAUUCAGUGGAGUACAUGACUGGUGUAUCCCCAUAUCAGCUGCCUGUCAUCAACCCCUGCGUGGUGCCAGUGCCACCGCCACGCCUGCACAGAGGGGACAGGAGUGUCCCUGCAGGGAGAAGUGGGGUGCCCACAGGGAGAAGGUUUCGUCCCACCACUGCAUCAAAUGACACAGAGCAACUUCUAACAAAGAAUUCUGGAGGGCUUCCCAAGUCCUCGUUGCGCAGUAAUGCCUUUGUCACCAUGGUCUACCUGGGGAAGAGUGUGCACUUGUGUCAUGAUGAUGCUGACUACAGAGAUGAGGUCAAAGUCUACCAGCAGCACUGUGGAGGAGAAAACCUUUGUGUCUACAAAGGCAAGCUGUUGGAAGGAGAGACCUUCCAGUUUGUCUCCAGGAGGCACCACGGCUUCCCAUUCAGCCUCACCUUUUUUCUCAAUGGGAUGCAAGUUGACAGGCUGAGCUGUUGCUGUGAGUACAAACAUCAGAAGCGUUCCCGGCUGGGCAGCAGGCACAGAUACUUCAGUUUUCUCAGUGUGGAGGGAGCAUCUCCUUGCUACAGGUGCAUUAUUGCAAUGGGUCUGGACAAAAAGCCAUCUCCUUCCAAGAGGAAGAUGAAGGACCGUGAGGAAAAGCAGGAGAGUUCCUGGGGAGAUGCCGUGCACACAACGAGAACCAGCACCUAG